AUGGCAGCCUCGUCCAAAUCAAAAGACAAGGCAUUGAACUCACCACCAUCUAGUGCCGGUCGCCCUCCUCAGGCCGUGAAAUUUACACGUCGGACAGCAAGUGGUCGGAUAAUGAGCUUGUCAAGAGAUGAUGAUAUGGAUACGUCCAAUGAUUUUUCAGGUCAAAAUGACUAUAUAAAUUACACUGUUAUGAUGCCCCCUACCCCUGAUAACCAACCUGCUGGAUCCUCCUCAGACAAUAAACCUGAUGGACCUGGCUCACACACAACAAGCCGGUUUGGGUCAGAGUCGCGGAUGGGUAGGCAGAUAGGAGAAGAAGAAGAUAACUAUAGCAAUAAUGGUGAUGGUGGAGGCACUAGAAGAAUGACAAUAAUGAAAUCAAACAGUAAAUCAAUGUUGUUGAGGAGCCAAACACAAGAUUUUGAUCACAACCGUUGGUUGUUUGAGACCAAAGGAACAUAUGGUGUUGGAAAUGCAUAUUGGUCGGAAGGGGAAUCUUAUGGUCCGGACACAGGACUGAGUAUGUCUGAUUUUAUGGACAAGCCAUGGAAACCUCUCACUAGGAAGAUUCCAGUUCCAGCUGCUGUUCUCAGCCCUUACAGGGUGCUUAUAGUUCUUCGAAUGAUAAUUCUAUCUUUCUUCCUGACAUGGCGAGUCACAAAUCCUAAUAGAGACGCAAUGUGGUUAUGGGGAAUAUCCAUUGUUUGUGAGAUUUGGUUUGCAAUCUCAUGGCUAUUAGACAUUCUACCAAAGCUCAACCCCAUCAACAGAGCUACGGAUCUAGCUGCCCUCCGGGACAAGUUCGAGAAGCCUUCCCCUUCUAACCCAACCGGCCGCUCAGACCUUCCUGGUGUUGAUGUCUUCGUCUCAACCGCCGACCCUGAAAAGGAACCACCACUCGUCACUGCAAACACAAUUUUGUCAAUUCUUGCAGUUGACUACCCUGUUGAGAAGGUCUCAGGCUACAUUUCUGACGAUGGUGGCGCCAUCCUCACCUUUGAAGCCAUGGCUGAGGCCGUCCGCUUCGCCGAGAUAUGGGUGCCAUUUUGUCGAAAACACAACAUUGAGCCGAGGAAUCCUGAUAGUUACUUCAACCAGAAAACCGACCCUACCAGGAACAAGAAGAGGCCUGAUUUUGUGAAGGAUCGCCGCUGGAUCAAGAGAGAGUAUGAUGAGUUCAAGGUGAGGAUCAAUGGUCUCCCUGAAGUAAUACGUAGGAGAAGCGAAUCAUAUAACAAAAAGGAGGAGAGAAAGGAGAAAAAACUUGCCCGGGAGAAAAACGAUGGCGCAUUGCCUGCAGAAGGGGUCAAUGUGGAGAAAGCUACUUGGAUGGCUGAUGGCACCCAAUGGCCUGGAACGUGGCUCAAUCCAACUGCUGAUCACUCAAAGGGGGACCAUGCUGGCAUCGUACAGAUAAUGAGUAAGGUCCCAGAAAGUGAUCCGGUGAUGGGUCAGCCUGACGAGAAGAAACUGGACUUCACUGGGGUUGAUAUUAGGAUACCAAUGUUUGCAUAUGUCUCUCGUGAAAAGAGGCCUGGUUAUGACCACAACAAGAAGGCUGGAGCCAUGAAUGCUAUGGUUAGAGCUUCGGCCGUAUUGUCCAACGGACCAUUUAUACUCAAUUUAGAUUGUGACCAUUACAUCUAUAAUUCAAUGGCUAUAAGGGAGGGCAUGUGCUUUAUGAUGGAUCGUGGGGGUGAUCGCAUAUGCUACAUCCAAUUUCCACAAAGAUUUGAAGGGAUUGAUCCCUCUGAUCGAUAUGCAAAUCAUAACUUUGUCUUCUUUGAUGGAAGCAUGCGAGCACUUGAUGGGCUUCAAGGGCCAGUGUAUGUAGGAACUGGGUGCAUGUUUCGGAGGUAUGCACUAUAUGGAUUCCUUCCUCCAAGAGCAAACGAAUACGAUGGGAUGUUCGGCCAAGUGAAGAACAAGGCUCCACAACUUCAAUCGGAAGAGGAAUCGGAAACCCAGCCCCUAACUGCACAUCCUGACUUGAAUCUGCCAAAGAAGUUCGGGAAUUCAGGUAUGUUUAACGAGUCCAUUGCCGUUGCCGAAUUCCAAGGACGGCCACUUUCCGACCAUGUUUCAAUAAAGAAUGGGAGGCCUCCUGGUGCACUGCUGGUGGCCCGUCCCCCAUUAGACGCACCUACUGUUGCUGAGUCAGUUGCUGUCAUUUCCUGCUGGUACGAGGACAAGACAGAGUGGGGCGAAAAGAUUGGUUGGAUUUAUGGGUCAGUGACAGAAGAUGUGGUCACAGGUUACAGGAUGCACAACCGUGGAUGGCGGUCCGUUUACUGCGUAACAAAGCGAGAUGCCUUCAGGGGCACAGCACCUAUCAACCUUACUGACCGUCUUCAUCAGGUACUCCGAUGGGCUACUGGCUCCGUCGAAAUCUUUUUCUCCAAAAACAAUGCCUUUCUAGCAACCAGGCGACUGAAGUUCCUACAACGCAUUGCUUACCUAAAUGUUGGCAUCUAUCCCUUCACCUCCUUCUUUCUGGUGGCAUAUUGCUUCCUACCAGCACUUUCCCUCAUCUCAGGACAAUUCAUUGUUUCAUCGCUCAAUAUAGCUUUCUUACUGUACCUCCUUGUCAUCACUAUAACACUAAUUCUCCUGUCCCUUCUUGAAGUAAAAUGGUCUGGAAUUGGUCUCGAGGAGUGGUGGCGAAACGAGCAGUUUUGGGUCAUUGGAGGCACUAGUGCUCACUUUGCUGCUGUUCUGCAAGGGGUUUUAAAAGUCGUAGCAGGUAUUGAGAUUUCUUUUACGUUAACCUCAAAGUCUGCAGGAGAAGAUGAAGAUGACAUUUAUGCUGAUCUGUAUAUGGUUAAAUGGACAAGUCUAUUCAUAAUGCCGCUAACUAUCAUAAUAGCUAACUUGAUUGCUAUUGUGAUUGGAGUGUCGAGGACAAUAUAUAGUGUCUUGCCACAAUGGGGUAGGCUUAUUGGAGGAUCCUUUUUCAGCUUAUGGGUGUUGACUCACAUGUUCCCUUUUAUUAAAGGGUUGUUGGGUAGGAGAGGAAGAGUGCCAACUAUUGUUUAUGUUUGGUCAGGGCUAAUAUCAAUUACAGUGUCUUUGCUUUGGGUAGCAAUUGAUCCCCCAAGUAGUAGUUCCAGCACCAGCUCCGGCUCCGGCACCACUUCCAGUUCCAGUUUCAAUUGAGAUGCUACAUAUAUAGUUUCCAAUAAAUA